GCUAUCCAAGGGAAGUGUGAACACACCAUUUCUUCUUUUCACUACUUUAACAAGAACAAUAGAGCGUAAUAAGUAAGAUCAGAGACUUACUUUUUUUUGAAAAAAACAACUAAAUAUUAUACUAGGCCUGGUGCUUUUAUGCCGAAAUUUGUAGAGGGUACGGAUCUCUUUGACGGGUUACGCGUUCUCCCCAGGGAGUCAGAGCAAUUGAUGGACCAUUUAAGUCGCAUCAACCACACAUUACAGACACGAUACCUUAUACCUGUAGAACUCGCUGAAUUUAGUCUUCAGCCUGAUCGUUCAGAUGACUUUUAUCGCUUAUAUGCGAAAGAAAUCCAGCGCGUUGUAUCCCUUCUCAGCGACGCCCCUACCACCCGCCGUGCAAUAAAAGUUCAGGUGGAUCCAAAGAAACUGCUUGGGGGUGCCAUGAUCACAUACACUCAUAAUGAAAAUGACAAAAACAUUGCAUCAAAUAGAUCAGGUGAUUUUUAUUACAGAAAUAUAUAUUCAGGUGGCUCACAUACAGGUGUCGAGAAUCUUGCACAACUUGCAUCCCCACCUGAGCGGAAGGAAAUUUUACCUUGCCAUAACUUGGUGGAUAAAAUGAGCCAACCCAUACAGCUGGCACCGGUGAUAGUAGAUCCUGCUACCCCUGCUAGCGCACUGCCAACGGGAUUAAACCUCGAAGAUAUCCUUUCGACUACUGGUGGUCUUAUUGAUUCGACCGCGAGACUACCGAAGGAUGCGAGCUGUUUGUUCAGCACACCGCCAGAGUUCAAGGGGUUUAGUGGGGCUCCAGCGUACACUCCUUCUGAGUCCUACAAGUGUUCACCCUGA